AGCCCCGAGCAGGCGGAAGGCUUGCGGGGAGGGGACGCUUGCCCGCGGGCGCGCGCGGAGCUAGGACUGUGACAGCCGGUCGCGCACGCGCGCCCGGUGUUUGCGCGGCCCCGCGACUCUUUUUCCCCGCCCCGGCCGCUGAGAGGCGCGCCGGGUCCGGCCACCGCCGUCUAGGGUUCUAGUCAGUCCCCCGGGCGUCUGGAGCCGUCUGCAGCUCGAGUCCGGCAGCGCCGGGCCGCUCCCGCCUCGUCUGUCCCGGCUCGCGUCCACUCCCCGCCGCCGUCAAAGGCCUGUCCCCCCCACCUCCCCGCCCCCUCAGAGUCCCCUUUCCGCUCUCGGGGCAGGGUCCUCGCGGCCCAUGUUGGCCGCUGGGGACCCACGCAGUCCACAUCGCUUCCAGGCCGGUCUGCCGGACACCAUGGUGACCCUGCGGCCUGUGCGGUUCCUUCAAGGGGGCUAACAGUUGCAGCUCACAGGCCUUGGGGUGAGAAGGUCCCGGGCCUGAGCCCCCCGCGCGCGCGCCAUGGCUGGGGCCAUCGCUUCCCGCAUGAGCUUCAGCUCGCUCAAGAGGAAACAACCCAAGACGUUCACGGUGCGGAUCGUCACCAUGGACGCCGAGAUGGAGUUCAAUUGCGAGAUGAAGUGGAAAGGGAAGGAUCUCUUUGACUUGGUGUGCCGGACUCUGGGGCUUCGGGAAACCUGGUUCUUCGGACUGCAGUACACCAUCAAGGACACUGUGGCCUGGCUCAAAAUGGACAAGAAGGUGCUGGAUCAUGAUGUUUCCAAGGAAGAACCAGUCACCUUUCACUUCCUGGCCAAGUUUUAUCCCGAGAACGCUGAAGAGGAGUUGGUUCAGGAGAUCACACAACAUUUGUUCUUCUUGCAGGUAAAGAAGCAGAUUUUAGAUGAGAAGAUCUACUGCCCACCCGAGGCUUCUGUGCUCCUGGCUUCUUACGCCGUCCAGGCUAAGUAUGGCGACUACGACCCCUCUGUUCACAAGCGUGGAUUUUUAGCCCAAGAGGAACUGCUGCCAAAAAGGGUAAUAAAUCUGUAUCAAAUGACGCCGGAAAUGUGGGAGGAGAGAAUUACUGCAUGGUAUGCGGAGCACCGGGGCCGAGCCAGGGACGAAGCUGAAAUGGAAUAUUUGAAGAUAGCUCAGGACCUGGAGAUGUACGGCGUGAACUACUUUGCUAUCCGGAAUAAAAAGGGCACUGAACUACUGCUUGGAGUGGAUGCUCUGGGGCUUCACAUCUAUGACCCUGAGAACAGGCUGACCCCCAAGAUCUCCUUCCCGUGGAAUGAAAUCCGAAACAUCUCAUACAGCGACAAAGAGUUUACUAUUAAACCACUGGAUAAGAAAAUUGAUGUAUUUAAGUUUAACUCCUCAAAGCUUCGUGUUAAUAAGCUGAUCCUACAGCUCUGUAUUGGAAACCAUGACCUAUUUAUGAGGCGAAGGAAGGCAGAUCCUCUGGAAGUCCAGCAGAUGAAGGCCCAGGCCAGGGAGGAGAAGGCUAGAAAGCAGGUGGAGCGGCAGCGCCUUGCUCGGGAGAAGCAGAUGAGGGAGGAGGCCGAACGUACGAGGGAUGAACUGGAGAGAAGGCUGAUACAAAUGAAAGAAGAAGCAACGAUGGCCAACGAAGCCCUGAUGCGUUCCGAGGAGACUGCUGACUUGUUGGCCGAAAAAGCACAGAUCACAGAGGAGGAGGCUAAACUCCUGGCGCAGAAGGCUGCCGAGGCGGAGCAGGAAAUGCAGCGUAUCAAGGCCACGGCCAUUCGGACGGAGGAGGAGAAGCGUCUGAUGGAGCAGAAGGUGCUAGAGGCCGAGGUGUUGGCACUGAAGAUGGCAGAGGAGUCAGAGCGGAGGGCCAAAGAGGCAGAUCAGCUGAAGCAGGACCUGCAGGAAGCCCGUGAAGCGGAACGAAGAGCCAAGCAGAAGCUUCUGGAAAUCGCCACCAAGCCCACAUACCCGCCCAUGAACCCAAUUCCAGCGCCGUUGCCUCCUGACAUACCAAGUUUCAACCUCAUCGGCGACAGCUUAUCUUUUGACUUCAAGGAUACUGACAUGAAGCGACUCUCCAUGGAGAUAGAGAAAGAAAAGGUAGAAUACUUAGAGAAGAGCAAACAUCUACAGGAACAGCUCAAUGAACUCAAAACGGAGAUCGAGGCCCUGAAGCUCAAAGAGAGGGAGACGGCUUUGGACAUCCUGCACAACGAGAACUCCGACAGGGGCGGCGGCAGCAGCAAGCACAACACCAUUAAGAAGCCUCAAGCCCAAGGCAGAAGACCUAUCUGCAUUUGAGCCCUCAAAGUAGGUUGUCGCAGCUCACCCUGCAGAGCGCCAAGUCUCGAGUGGCCUUCUUUGAAGAGCUCUAGCAGGGGAUCCAGCCCCCCACUGCCCCUCACCCUGGAUCUGCCACUUCUGCUGUUCCUAGCACCAUCAGGAUGGUUGGACACCCCCAGAAGCCUCCCAUAGUGGCUGGCCGGGGACUCCCUGGGAGCUCCAGGACUUUCCCCAAUGGAGAGCCCAGCUCCCUUCCCUUCACGUGCAAUGGCCUUGAACCACGAACCACUGAAGAUUACCCUCCUGGCGUCCUCGUCCUCCGGAUCGCAGUCUUUCACCUUUUUAGAAGAUUUUGUCUUUCUUUGUCUACUGUGGGAUCCCACGUGACCCCAGAGUGCAUCUCGAACUGCCCAGAGUUGACCUCAACAGUCCAGUCUGGGCAGUGGGAACUGUGAGCACAGGUCCCUGGGAGACAAGAAGGUUCGCCACUCAUCCCACACACAGUUCUGGGACAAUCUUCUCCGAGGAAGAUGCGGACAUGGCACUUGGUGAAGAAGCCUGGUUCCUGCAUGUCACGGUGAGCUCAUGAGAAGGACAAGUCCUCCCCCAGACUGCUCUCAGGCUUCCAGCUGGUGGGGACCAGGCAGGGCUGUCAGGUGAGGGAUCCCACCACAUAGGGACCUGACAGUAUGGGUCGCUUGCCACCCUCUGCCUGCCACCCCAAACUAGCCCCCUUCAGCUUCAGAGGAGACUCCUUGGGGACACCCUAGUUGGGGCCUACAGAAUAGCACUGAUACUUCUCGAUGACCCAGUGCCAAGCUCCAAGGCCUCAGUAUGUUCCUGACCCGAGUUACCUUCGGGCCAGCUGGACCUGGGCUGCAUCUGGCUGUGUCCCUUGUCCCCCUGUGGACCAUUUUAUACUCUCCUAGGCCCCUGUGGAGUCCCCAUGUAUCCCUCCAGGCAUGAGCCAGUGUAC